AUGAUAACCAUAAAGAGUUGGUUGGAUCACUGCGAGUCUAGCCACGGCAGUCGAUGUAUGCCAAAAGCCAAGCAAGUUCCACAUCGAUUGAUCGAAGUUGGGGGGGAUGGAAGUACUCCUAAACUCGUUCUCAGCGAGCAGAUCUCCGCCCAAGAUCAACGAUACACUACUCUCAGCCACUGCUGGGGGACAAGUCUACCUAUACGUACACUUCUGUCAAAUAUACAAUCGUACAGUCAUCGAAUCCCUCCUCAAAUAAUCCCUCGAACAUUUGAUGAUGCCAUCCACAUCACGCUUGAAUUAGGGAUUCGCUUUAUAUGGAUAGAUGCCCUAUGCAUUGUUCAAGACAGUGCGAAAGAGUGGGAACAGGAAGCCGCAAAGAUGAAGGAUAUCUACUCAGGAAGCGUUCUCAACAUAGCAGCGUCUGACUCGUCUGGAAGCGAAGGCGGUUGUUUUCCGAUCAAGGAUUCCGUCGUCCAGACGUUUCAUUUGGCUCAAGUUGAAGGUCCUGAGCUUGUUGUAAAAUUGCAACCCGGAGAUACUCGACAUCUCACCAAGCAGACGAUUUUGAGCUCUCGAGGCUGGGUACUACAAGAACAGCUUCUCUCUCACCGAAUGAUUUCCUGUAUGGGUGACGAAUUGCACUGGGAGUGCAGUGAAGCUUAUGAAACAGAAGCUGGCGUUCAUUUCAGUGAUCAUACUUCUGACAUGCGUGGCGUUCCUAGAAUGUACCAAUGCCCAGCCAAUCUUCAACAGGACGGCAUGUGGAGAAGCUGGAUGGUGAACUUCUCCGAACGUAAAUUCACUUUCUGGAAUGACCGCUUGCCUGCACUAUCAGGGAUUGUUGAGAACUACCAAGAAAUUACUGGAGAUAUCUCGAUCCUUGGACUCUGGAGGCGCUCGAUUAUCCAGGACUUAUUGUGGAUCAGAAUGGGUCAGAUCUCACUGAAGCCUGCUCGUGAGAUCGGACCAGCUAAUCUUCCAUCAUGGUCCUGGCUUUCGUGUCCCUCUGAUAUCAAAUUUGAUAUCUGGCAACUCACCAAGAGGGUUCGUCAAACUGAUCGUUACGUAAUCGUGCACGACCACUGCGAGCUGAUGGACUUCUCGGUGCAAUGGACAGGGGUUCCCUUCAUGUCGACUGUGAAAUCAGCGUACGUGGUUCUUUAUGGGCCAACUGUUGAGGCUACUAUUGAUAUUGAAGAAAUAUCAAGACAGCCUAACCCACCACCUUUUAGGCUCAUAUGCUCCAAUAAACACAUUUCCUGUUCCGGGCAAUUUGACCGCGGUAGGAUCGUGCCAGGUCGAUAUUACUGUCUCUCGUUACGAUCUAGGGUUCAUAGCCAGACAAAUGUCCGGCGAGACAUUUUCAUGAUACUUCAAACUCAUUGCGGGUUCAUUUAUGAGAGAGUCGGUAUAGGUUGCGUUUAUGAGCCCGGUCUUUUUUCAGAAGCGAUCUGGAAAAGGCAUUUGAUUCAUUGA